UAGUGUUGCCGACAACCGGAAGUGGGUAGCAGCUAAUUAAGUCUAUAAAAAAAGUGUUCUGUCGUCUUCCAAUUAUUGCACUUCCACUGACCAAAGCUACACAGCAAUAUAAUUGCUACUCCGUACUUCAUAUUAUCGCUUCUGCUGAUUAAGCUUCAAUUCUUCACCCAGACAUUACAUUACUAUACACACUACAUACAUACAUACAUACAUACAUACUAAGUGAUUGAGAAUUGAAGAAUGGCUUGUGUUGCUGUUAAUUCUCUUGUGAGGACGAUUGAGCUUGAGUUCUUGCAACCUCUGCCACGCCCAAUCGUACGACGAAAGCAACUCAUCCCUACCAAUGAAAAGUUGAUCCAAAAUCUCCACCAGAAACUUGGUGAUCUGAUAGAGCUGUUCGAUGAGAACCGGAUGGAUGGUAUCCAAGCUAUUAAACACUUGGAAACUAAGCUCAGAGAUGUGGCUUUCAGAGUAGAAGAUGAAAUUGAAUUCCAAAUCGUACAUCUUUAUGAGGAAGAAAACGAAGACUUGGGAAUUGCAGAUCUUUUUGGGGAGAAACCACAAGGGUAUUCGUUCAAACUUGGUUGUAUUUUGGAAGAAGCAAUAAGAGACAUUGAUGCCAUCCACAAAGAGUUGUCCAAAGUGAAGAUGGAGUGUGUUGCAGCCGCCUUGCAAGGAAUUGGAAGGAAAACAACUAGUGAUGGAGGAGUUGAUGUCAUGAUGAUGGCAGGGGAUUCCUCCCAGCCCCUGCACGGCAGCAUAAAUAUGGUGGGGAAAAACAAUGAGUUCCACACUGUAAAGGCGAUGCUAAUUCAGCACUCAUCCAGGCAACGAGAAAUUGUCUCCAUUCAAGGUAUGGGAGGUAUCGGUAAGACAACUUUAGCCAGACAAGUUUAUGAAGAUUCAUCAAUUGCCUUCCACUUUGACAAGCGAGCUUGGGUUGUUGCAUCACAGUAUCAUAAUAAGUUACAAAUGCUCACAGAUCUUCUUAAAUCAAUGGGGGUUGUAGUGGAUAGCAGCACUCAAGAGGAUCAGCUAGCUGAACAACUAUACCAAAAUCUGUUGCAUCAAAGAUACUUUGUUGUGAUAGAUGACGUUUGGAGCGUUGAUGCUUGGGAUUCUAUCAAAGCUUGCUUUUCAGAUAAUGCAAAUGGCAGUCGAGUAUUGUUGACUACUCGCUUUGCAAAGGUGGCUACUAGUAUCGGCUCUAAUAAUGACUUUUCUCAUCAAGCACAACUGUUAGAUCAAACUGAGAGUUGGAAUUUAUUCCGUGAAAAGGCAAACAAAUCUCUGGGUUUUGAAUUCGAUAUGAUUGGGAGACAGAUUGUUGAGAAAUGCAAAGGAUUGCCUUUGGCAAUUGUUGUUGCUGCAGGUUUAUUUUCCAAACUUCAUACGCUAGAUGAGUGGAAGAAUGUCGUAGAAGCUCUAAAUUCAUCUGCAACAACAACAACAAUUGAUGAAGAAUGCUCAAGGAUACUCUCAUCCAGUUACAAUCACUUGCCUCAUAGUUUGAAGGCUUGUUUUUUAUAUUUGAGCAUAUUUCCAGAAGAUAGGGAGAUUCAUGUUAAAGAAAUUGUAAAAUUAUGGGUUGCCGAAGGACUUGUAAAGGCAUCCAAGGAUAUGAGCUUUGAAGCGGUGGCUAGAAGGCAUAUUCAAGAACUCAAGGAUAGGAACCUAAUUCUGGUAAGUCGGCCAAGUAAAUGGGGAAAAAGAAUAAAGACAUUUAAAAUGCAUGAUUUAUUGCAUUCUUUUUGUGUAAGGGAAGCUACAAAGGAUAACCUUCUGUUUGUUGUCUAUGAAAGUGGGUCCAAUUUCCCUAAGAAAGAUUUUCGAUGGUUGGAAUCUUCAAACACUUUCAGUUGA